UGUGGCCACAGCCGUUGGGACACUCCCUGCUGCGGAAGUUACAUUCGGACAGGUGAGCCUCCAGACCACGCCUCUCUACCUGCAAGGAACAACCUGAUGGGACACAGAAGGACUCAAUGUAUAUGUGGCCUUUCAUCUUACUUCUGAACUACCACUAAGGUCUUUCCUUCUUCAUCCUCUCUCUUGACUUGUUGCUCCAUCCAGGAUAUAGAUUAUUGAGGGCUGCCAGGAGCACAAUGCGGCGCUCAGGAGCUCCCAGCCAGCUCUCGGGUAAUGCUUUGAAGAAGCCCCGGUUUAUGCCCCCUGGAGCAUCUACUUCCUCUCUCGUGGCUGAAUCGAAGCCGCUUAGCCCUAAACUUGGUUUAAGCAAUGCACUGGAAAAGGUCCAGAGAAGUCUACCAGCACCAGCGUGUGAUGUUCAGCCUAAAGUUGCCCAGCCUGCUCCAGUCUUGUCGAGGGCUCUGGCUCGUGUUCUCAGUGCAGCGGAAAGUAAGGAAAAAGAGGCCGAGUCAGAACAUGCCAGCAAAGGUUCAGAAGAGCACAGAGAAGACAACAGACCUGCAGGAGUGGAUGGAUACCCUCUGUUGACCUCCGGGUCUACGCAAACCGCUCAGCCUCCAGCGGGCUGCAGUCAGGACGGAGUGCGUUACUUCAGUGUGAUGUGGUGUAAAGCCAGUAAGAAGAAACACAAACGCUGGGAGGGCGACGCGGUCAUGGUCACAAGAGGACGCACAGCCACACUCAAAGAUAUGGAGGGCAAGGACAUUGGAAAGGGAAGUGGCUACAAGGUGUCGGAGCUGGCCUCCCUGUCCGAGGGAGAGAGCUUGAUGAUCGGGGGGAAGGAGGUGGAGGUGAUGGGGGUCAUAUCUGCUGAAGACUUCGCCAGGGGCCGUUGCUUCCAAGAGGUCCAGGUCCAGAACGAGGAGCUGCUCACGCAGUCGGCUCCACCUCCCUCUCGUUGCUCUGUGUCCAAACGUUUCUGCUCCCCGACCCUGUUGGGGACAGCAGAUCCUCCUGGAUCCAAACUGGUGGUGGAACAGGUCUGCAGACCUCGCCAUGACCCACUGGCUCCAGGUGCACUGGUGAUGCCUCGUCCUUCGGCCAAUCACCAGUGGCUUAACAACAAGUCUGGUCUUCCUGUGGUUGAUGUUGUUGUCGACCCGUUCCUCACUAACCAGCUGCGACCUCACCAGCGAGACGGCCUUCUCUUUCUCUACGAGUGCGUCAUGGGCAUGAGAGCUGUGGGUCACUAUGGGGCUAUCCUGGCUGACGAGAUGGGUCUGGGGAAGACCCUCCAGAGCGUGGCACUGUCCUGGACGUUUCUUAAACAAGGACCGUACGGUGGGAAACCAGUGACUAAGCAUGUACUUGUGGUCACUCCUGGCAGCCUCGUGCACAACUGGGCUGCAGAGUUCAACAAGUGGCUGGGCCGUGAGAGGAUCAGCGUCUUCACUGUGGACCAGGACCACAGGAUAGAGCAGUUUGUGCUCUCCACUCUGCACAGCGUCCUUGUGAUCAGCUAUGAAAUGCUGCUGCGCUGCCUGGAGCAGGUUCAGAAAGUGGAGUUUGGCCUUGUGAUUUGCGAUGAGGGCCACAGACUGAAGAACAGCAGCAUCAAAACGUCCUCGGCCCUCAGCAGCCUGCACUGCAGCCGCAGAGUCAUACUGACAGGCACCCCAGUCCAGAAUGACCUGCAGGAGUUCUAUGCAAUUAUAGACUUUGUUAACCCAGGGAUUCUCGGGUCGUCCACCGCAUACAGAAAAGUAUACGAGGAGCCAAUUCUACGCUCCAGACAGCCCUCCUGCUCAGAGGAGGAGAGCGCUUUGGGAGAAGAGCGAGCAACAGAGCUCUCUCGCCUGACUGGCAUGUUCAUCCUGAGACGAACACAGGAGAUCAUCAACUGCUACCUGCCCCCUCGCCUCGAUUGGACGCUGUUCUGCGCACCGUCCCCUCUGCAGCGCGAGCUGUACACACAUCUUCUCUGCCACAGAGUCUUCAGAGGCUGCUUUCAGGGCUCCACGCAAACUCACACACACCUGGCCUGCAUCACUGCACUGAAGAAGCUCUGCAACCACCCGGGUCUGCUCUACAGCUCUGCCAAGGUUAAGACCUCUGAAAGAGCCGGCAGUGGUUCAGUGGAGAACACUUUAUACGAGGGCUUGGUUGAGCUCUUCCCAGAAUCCUACUCUUCAAGUGGAUUUAACACGGCCGACUCUGGGAAACUUCUGGUUCUGUCGGACAUCCUGACUUCAAUCAGACAACUCAGCCCUUCAGACAGGGUGGUCGUAGUGUCCAACUAUACUCAGACGCUUGACCUGCUCCAGGAUUUGUGUGUAAAUGUGGGCUACACCUUCUGCCGACUCGAUGGACACACCCCCACCAACCAGAGACAACGGCUGGUGGAUGGUUUUAACAGUCCACACUCUCAGAACUUCCUGUUUCUGCUGAGCUCCAAAGCAGGUGGCGUGGGGCUUAAUCUGGUGGGUGCUUCCCACCUGGUGCUGUACGAUAUCGACUGGAACCCGGCUAAUGACAUUCAGGCCAUGGCUCGAGUGUGGAGAGAUGGACAGAAGAAGACGGUGCACAUUUAUCGUCUCCUCACUGCAGGCACCAUUGAGGAGCGAAUGUUCCAGAGACAGGUGUCCAAACAAGGGCUCUCUGGGACGGUGAUCGACCUGGGCAAAAGGGCGGAGCACACCAGCUUCUCCACCAGUGAACUGCGAGAUCUUUUUAGCCUGACUGACACGCUCUCUCUAACACACGACCUGCUGAACUGCAGCUGUGUCAUGGACGGCUCAGUCCAGCCUGUCUUGGGGGACGAGGAGCCGGUUUCUGAUCGGCCGUGCCAGCUCGGUCGUCAAGGUGACCGCGGAGGGGCGCAGCAGAAGCAUCUCAGCAUGUCCGAGUUGAUGCAAUGGAGACAUUUCUCUGGUGACACGCACACCUUCUCAGACCCUUACCUGGAUCAGUCACGAAGCCACAUCACCUUCGCCUUCCAGACCACCAUCUCUCACACAGCGCUGUAAACCAACACAAUCUACAUGACACUCGAUGUAGAUCACACACAUGCUACCUAUAGAUGAAUCUCACACACACACACAUGCUACAUAUAAAUGAAUCUCACACACACAUGCUACAUAUAGAUGAAUCACACACACACACAUGCUAUCUAUAGCUGAAUCACACAUAUGCUACCUAUCGAUGAGUCACACACACACACAUCUACCUAUAGAUGAAACACACACAUGCUACUCUGCGUGUCUUCAGGCUUGCUGGGCUUUGUUGGCAGCCUGGCUACAACAUAAGAAUAAACAGUGCUGCAAACAGCAAUCUGUGACAUUUGUGAGGUCCUGUGCGUUUUCUUUAUUUAUUCAGACAUUUACUAAAACCCUUUUUUCAAUUAAUGGUAUUUAGAAGGAAUAUUUCUAAUAAACUGGCUUUUAAUGAGUUAAAACACAUUUUUGUUGACUGAAGAAUUCUUCUUUGGGAAAACAGUGCAUUUUAGAUGAAGUUUGUAUGUUUUAUAUCCUUUUACUGCAAAAAAAUGAAUUAAAUAAUAAUAAUAAAGCAAGCAAGAGUUAAUCCUGUAUCCACCUCGAGUCAUAUAUGCUGCGUGAAUUAAAGGAUUUAUAUUGUUAUGAGAUGUUUAGAUGCCAAAGACCCUGGGUGGUAUGCAGAGUUUGUGUCAACAACCAUCCUUAGAAAACCAUCUAGUUUGUGUCUGCAGGGAGUGUGUCCUCUGGAGCUGCAUCUUCUGAUAGAAUGAAGACUAACCAGUUCAAGCCCUAAUGUUGGGCUAUAAUGUCGUUUUAUUUGACAUAGUGAUCAUAGUCUGAUCUUGUUUGGAUAACCCUGGUCUGUUCAUGCACUUAAGCACAUAUAUGCUGCAUUUACAUUUACAGUUAUACAUGAUUGGGUCCUAACCACUCUGCAUGAUUGUUAAGCAACUUAGUUGUGCUGUAAGUGCGUCUCUGGGAUGAUCAGCUUUCCGUUAUAUAUAUAUGGAUAUGCCAGUUGUAGCUUUGUGGGCGUGGUGUCCUGAGGACAGCGUGGUGCUUAUGCAGACCCCUGCUGUUUCUCUGUGGACGCAGUGUGACUUCAAACUGUAAACGUCCAAUGCCAGAAUGCAAAGUUUACAAAUUGCAUUUAUGAAUUAAAUAUAUUCCUCAGUAAGCUUGUGGAGUCUCGUGCAGGCCGCUUGAAGCCCAUGAGUUUGGGAUAUUAAACCGACACUCAGAAUCUUCAGUCACGCAACGACCAUAGUUGUGUAGGUAUUUCAGUCCGGACCGAGCUGGUGGACUGAAACAGGCGGACCUCUCUGGAGCCGGAGACAGAAACCACUGGUGGCAUAUCAACUGACCCGGCUUUGCUAAUGUAAUAUACCGUCUGUUGAAGAGGAAUCCUGUUUUGUGUUGCAGCCUUUUGUUUUGGACACGUGUUUGGCCGACGAGUGCCACUCGUCCACUUGGGAUAUUGAUCCAAAUCCCUCCUCCACUCGUCUCAGAGGCCCUGUGCUGCUGAGUCCAUGAGUCAGAAUGGUUCUGUCGCUCUCUGUAAAGCUCUUACUGGCCGCGUUGCCGAUCCCUCUUUUAAACCGUGUGUCCCAUCCAGCCAACUCCAGGACCCGGCGUACGGAUGGAGUGAAUGACUUUCCUGGAAGGGGAGAAAGAUGCAGUUGUUGGGACGGAGAGACUGAAUCCAACAUUUAAAAUGUAUUCCUCUGUGGGAGAUAUGAACACACCGUAGAGUUCAGAUGGCCACGCCUCUCGUAUUGACCCACACCGAGUUCACAACUCUCGUAUUUCUUUGGUUUUCGGUCCUAGUCAUUGACGUUAAAGCUGCACAUGUUUCUAGAGGAGAUAUUAAGAUACUGGUGCGUCAGUACUUCACAGGGUUUGUUUGUGUUUUAGUUUAGUUGUAUUCUCCGAGGUUGAUGGCACCAGACUGGAUACAUCUGAUAAUCAAGACAUUUUACAUCUGAUAAUCAAAACAUUUUACAUCUGAUAAUCAAGACAUUUUACAUCUGAUAAUCGAGACAUUUUACAUCUGAUAAUCAAGACAUUUAUUACUGACAGAGUUCAGAUAUCCUCAGCAGCUCACUGUCCUUUUUAAAAUACAAGUUCAGGCCCAGUUUGCUGGACUGCUCUCCCUUCAGAUGAGCUGAGUGAUAUUAAUUACUCUAAUUUUGAUGUUCUGCUUCACUCUUUGUUAUUAUGGCCUCUUCUGUACUGCUUCUAGAAGUUUAGAGAGCGAUGCCGAGAAGCCAGAACAUGUCGACCACAUUUACUUUGCCUCUGUUUUUAUUUUAAAAUCUAAAAAGAAGAGCUUAUCCAAGCCGAUACAUUUCAAAUUGGAUUGAAAUAUAAUUGAGGUUUGAGGUACACAUGCAACCCACCAUUAGGAUUGUUAGUUUCUCUACUGCUUAGUACAGGCCUAUUCAACUAGCGGCCCGCGGGCCGGAUACGGCCCGUUUGAGUUUAACUACGGCCCGCAAAUCAGUAUAGCUUGGUAAGAAAAAAUAAAACUGACGGACACGCCUCUUUUAUACAUUGAGACAUCUAACCCAGAGCCAUUGAGUUUCACUGUUGCCUCAACCAAACCUGUAUGGUUACAUCUUUAUGUUACGCACCCGUGUUGGUUGCCGGUGUUACACCCCUACUGGUUUUCAAACCUACUGGUUUCCCUGCGCGUGCGUUGUGUUCUCUUAACAUCUGCAGCGGGGCUCUGUCUCGCUCACCAGAUUCGUCACACAUUCACAAACAUAUUGCUGGAGAUCUUUAAGCCACCGUUCAUAUCCAUUUCGGCGAUUACGAUUGUAUAAGUGAGCAGCGCAUCACAGCCACGGAUGAAGAAAUACAUUUUCGAAAAAAGAAAAAAAGAUCGCCCGACCUGGUUUCGAUCCCUUUCACGCAAAAGGAGUCUGCACUCAAAGACAUGCAGUCUGUGCGCUGCGCCACCAGAUAUUAGUUUCAGCUCAAGUAAUUUAUAUAUUGAUGCAUUAAGUCACAUUUCUUAUGUUUUCAUGGGAACAGUUUGGUUGAAGGGAUCUGAAACAACUGGUUACCUUGAGCGGAUAUUUACACUUUGAAACAUGUUUAUAGUGAUGCUUGUUCGCAACACUUUUGCCACACAAUACCGACGCAUUUUCGUGUGUGACUGUUUACCUGUGGAAAUAUACAUUACUGUUUUUCAUUUUUAGCCAUUAUUUUAUCAAUAUUCUGUGCGGCCCUCACACCCCCCGUGAUUUUCUUAUUCGGCCCACUUGCUACUGAAGUUGAAUAGCCCUGGCUUAGUACAACAGAUUUGAUGCUUACAGCUGAACAAAUUUGAGGAUUUGUUGUUCGUUCUUUUUGUAAAUCCGUGAACUGAAUUGCUUUGAGUUUUGUUCUGUUUGUUGGACACAAUAAACUAUUCUGAGAUGUUU